GCAACGGAUCAAAUGUAUUUAGUUGAUUAGGUUGGCGACAUUUUCGGUUGCCAUCGUGACCAAAUACAACGUCGCCGCGUCGCGAAUCUCGCCGGGUACGGCACGUUUGUGAAUAAUUGUUACGAAUAGUUGACACUUUUGGCAGGCAGCAUUCUGACACGUGACGAUGACCAACGUGGACGUAAUCCUAAGCCAGUUGGGAUGGCAGGACGGCUUUCGGAUUCCUGUGGCUAACGAAGAAAACAAACGCCUGGAAGAAGAAGUCGCCCAGAAGGCAAAGCUGAAGAUCUCCUUGAUUGCGAAGCUGGAGAACCUCGAGGAACGGCGGAAGAUGAUGAAGAAGCAUGUUGGUGACUUGACUGUGCGGCACGAAUUCAACCAAAAGCUGCUUGCCGAGCACUCGACCCAGCUGGAGAUGGAGAACCAUUUUUAUCGGCUGAGUGGCAACGUAGAAUCAUCGCUGUGCCAGGAAGCGCGUGAAUUUGACAAGGAAUGGACGGACGUGAACUGCAGGGUGUCAAGCGUGGAGACGGAGUUGCUGAGGAUGAUGAACAAGCUGAGCGAGGCCAAGCGAACGAUACAAUUUGACGAGGACAGCUUGCGCAAGUGGGAGGAAAAGCUUGCGCAAAAGGAAGAGGAUAAUCAGCUGAUAGAGAGCUACAUGAAGCAGGAUGCACAAAAGUACAAGGAAUUGGAGCAGAAACGGCAAAAGUUCAACGCGGAACUUGAGACCUAUCGCCAAGCUAUUGUCAAGACCGUCGACGAGGCGCAGGAGAUGGAAAUCGUUCUGGACCGUACGACGAAAUUAUAUGCGGAAGCGUUGAAAGAACGCAGGCAGAUGAUAAAUCAGUGGACGCAGAGCGUCAACGUUCUACGACAGAGGGAUAACGAUAUACAGAACUGUUUGAAAGAACUCGAAACGUUGCGGGAAAUCAGCAGGGAGAAAAAAAGCAAUCUCGUAGAAGCGGAAAAAUUUCUGAACGAUCAAAUUGCGGAUAAUAAACAAUUGCAGGAUUCGAUUAAACAGUCGGAAAAAAAACUCGCCGCGAUUCAAGAGAAACAGCGUGAUAUGACGGAGGCGAUCGGUGCUCACGCUGUCGAGGUUCACACCCAGAAAAAAUUAGUCAUCGAGCUGUCGCGUCGUAUACAACAAGUCCGAGCCAAUACCAAGAAGAAAAGGGCCGAGAUUGAAAAUAAACGCACGAAGACGGACAAUUGUCAAAAGCGAAUUGACGAUUUGUCAUCAACUUUAGAGGAAAUCGAGAGUCAGAAGUUAAACGUCGAAGAGAGGACGAGGCGGUUGGAAAAAAUGAUUGAGGAUGACGAGAAACGAAAAUCCGUAAUCGUUAAAGAAUUGAAUCGACUGCAGGCCGCAAUUUUACGUGUUACGAAUAAAAUUAUAGAACUGGAGAAUGAAAGAAAGACGAUGCAGAUGCAGAUGCAGGGCGAACAGAAGAAGAUCGACGUGCUCGCCGGAUUGAUAGCGAAGGAGAACCAACUUUUGGAAGAGAAGAAAGAGACUUUUUAUCAAGUGGAGUUCAAUCUGCAGAAGUGCGAGAUGAAACUCGAACGAAUCAGGGGGCAGGAACGCGACAAGAGCGAAGCCGAAAAGAAACGGAAGAAAAUCGAGGAAUUGCAAGCUUCGUUGGACGAGAAAACGGCCACGUCCAAGUUGCUGCAGAACCAGAUCGCUAAUUUGGAACACGAUAUGAAGAAGAUAUCUAACUGUCUGUCGAACGAGAACGAGGAACUCGAGCGGUUAAGGAGCAAGAAGCAGGAUUUAUUAUUGCUAGUGGACGGGGGUGAGAAGCGGCUGAGGGCCGCGCAGUCCCGGAACGAGGAGAAACAGGUGGAGGAGAAUAUAAUGCGCCUCCGGGUGUCGCAGCUCGAGCGGAUGACGUCGAACGUGAGCGACGAGGUUUACGACCUGGAGAAGUAUCGCCUGCAUCUCGAAGCGGCACUCAAGGAACGCACGGCAGAGAUCGCGGCGCAGAAGGAGGCGCUUGCUGUACAGAAGAGGGUUGCUGGCACCGAGUGCUCGGAGCUACGCACCGCUGUUGCCGAGAGAAAAGGCAGGAUACGGCAGUUGCAAGCGCGAUACGACAGCGGCAUCGCGAGUUUAGGCACUACGCCAGACGGGCUGCCGAUGAGCACCGCGUACGUGAAGAUACAGAGCGCCCAGGAACGGUACCUGCUGCGCGAGCAAGGCGACAAGCUGGACGAGACGAUCAGGCGAACCGAGCAGGAGAUACGCAGCAUGGAGAACACGCUGCGCGUGGUGAACGUGUGCAACGACAAGUACAAGGACAGCGUGGGCGCGGUCGACGAGGAUGGGCCGGAACGCGUGGAGCAGAAGAGACUCGACGAACAAAUGUACGAUGCGCGGCAGAAGCUACGCCAGAGGCAGGCGCGGCUGCAAAGGCUGUUCGACGACUUGCAGAAAGCGCAGAAUGAUCACACUGUACUGCUCGACGAUAUCGAGAAGGCGAAGGAGGACAAGGAGAACAAGCACCGUUACUUAUCGGACCUGGAGAAGCAAGUAGUGGAGCAGACAGAGAAGAUAUCCAGGGCCGACAAGAACCUUCGUAAAGCGCAGAAGGAUGUACAAAACUUGUACAUCUCCAAGAGAGACGAUACUGUGCUUCUACAACAGAGAGAGGUGGAGCUGCGAGAGCUUCAAGAGCAAAAUGCGAUGGCCCUUCAAGACAUCGCGGAAUUCACGAUCCGUCACGUGGAGGCUGAAGCAUACGUUAAGAAAUUGCUUAUAGCCAAGAACAUCGAGUUACCAUCCUUCCCUCCACCAACCAAAUCGUCCACGAGUCUGUACGGAAGCUCCGCAGGCUCGAUAGAUCAACCCUUGAAGAGCACGAGUCGUGUGAGUAUGUCUGAAUUAACACAAGUUCAGAGUAAGAAAAUCUUCGGAGGAUGGCAGAAAGUGUAUUCGCAUGACAGCACGGAAUUAGGAUGCAACAUGAAAUUUGCGGUCUAUUUGCCACCUCAGGCCGAGGAGGGCCCGGUACCGGUCGUUUACUGGUUGUCAGGUCUCACCUGCACCGAGGCAAACUUCAGCGAGAAGGCAGGAGCUCAGAGACUCGCUGCCGAGCAUGGUGUUCUCCUCAUCAUUCCUGAUACCAGUCCGAGAGGGCUGAAUAUACCUGGCGAGGAUGACAGUUACGAUUUCGGUAGUGGCGCGGGAUUCUAUGUGGACGCGACUUGCAAGCCAUGGAAGAAGAAUUAUAGGAUGUACAGUUACGUUACCAAAGAAUUACCAGCAUUGAUCAACAAGGAAUUUCCAACUUUGCCGGACAGGCAGUCCAUAAUGGGCCACAGCAUGGGGGGACAUGGCGCUUUGAUCUGUGCUCUGAAAAAUCCUGGACAGUACAAGACAGUGUCGGCCUUUGCGCCCAUAAGUAAUCCCAUUUUGUGUCCAUGGGGAAAGAAGGCCUUCUUGGGAUACUUGGGGGGACCAGAAGAUAACGUUGCUUGGAAGGAGUGGGACGCCACAGAACUGGCGAAAAUAUAUAAUGGCCCACCUUUGGACAUUUUGGUUGACCAGGGCAAGGAAGAUCAGUUCCUGAAACAGGGUCAACUGUUACCAGAGAAUCUGUUGCAUGCCGCAAAGGACAAUGGCAUCGCGUUUGUUCUCAGAUUCCACGAUGGCUACGAUCACAGUUACUACUUUAUAGCUACGUUUAUCGAGGAUCAUUUCAAGCACCACGUAAAAUAUCUGAAGAGUUAAGUCUAUUUGAAAUGCAUUGUUACAAACUGCGAUUUCUAUAUUCAUAAUAUACAUGGUUUUUAAAAG